AUGUCGGCGACAAAGUCGACACCCAAAGCACAAGCCGACCGGCUUACGCUAAUAGAGGAGAAAAUGUUGUUCCUCAAAGAAGUCCCUGACACCCUCCACUUCCUCGAAGCACGGGUGACCGAAUUGAGUGAGAAAGUCGUAGAAAUCGACGCAAUGGGCAACCGCCUGGAUGGGUUGCCAAUCGCAGAAUUGAUGUUUCAAGUGACCUCGCUCGAAGAAAGAGUUGCUCCUACGAGCAGCCCAAAACCGUCUGGUAGUCCGGAUAGCUCUGUCGCUCACAAGGAGGGACGUGGCGAAGAGUUCGACGUGCUACAAAAUACAAUGAUGAGCUUGUUCAAUGGACUAGCUGAUGAGUUCAGAACAACAAUCGAUGACAUCCAAGAAAGGAUGGCCUCCAUGGGCACUCGAAUUGAAGUGACCAUGAAAGCCGUGGAGAACGUCACGGCUGGACAAACAAAUACAGGGUCCAACAAACUAAGAUUCCCAGAACCUAGAGCCUUUAAAGGGAAUCGGGACGCCAAAGAGUUAGAAAACUUCAUCUUUGAUGUCGAACAGUACUUCAAAGCCACAACGGCUUGUACUGACGACAAGAAGGUGACCGUAGCUUCGAUGUAUCUCACAGACGACGCCAAACUGUGGUGGCGUACGAAGGUGCAAGACAUCGAGGAUGGAUUGUGCACCAUUGACUCGUGGGAGGACCUUAAGAAAGAGUUGAGGGACCAGUUCCUCCCCGAAAACGCAGGACAUUUAGCAAUGGAAAAGCUAGUAGCCCUGAAACACACUGGAAGCAUACGAGACUAUGUCAGACAGUUCUCAACCCUGAUGCUCGAUAUCAGGGGCACAUCAGAGAAGGACAAGGUGUUCUUCUUUAUAAAUGGGUUGCAACCGUGGGCCAAAACAAAGCUACACGAGAACAAGGUCCAAACCCUAGCCGCCGCAAUGGCCUGUGCCGAGAGACUCCUAGACUAUGGGAACGAAGCGGGAUCCCAAAGGAGAAUAACACCAGCCCCAAACACUGGUGGCAAGCCAUACAAACCACCAAGUCAUCGAAAUGGAAGCCCCAACAGGCCGAACGGAGGUAACGACAGACCAAGCGGAUGGACGGAUAGACCUCCACAGAAUAACCAAGCAGGGACAUCUCGAGGACCUUACCAUCAAAGGAACCACCCGACGACGCCGUUACAAUGCAUGCUCUGUAAAGGUCCCCACAAGGUAUCUUACUGUCCUCAUCGGGCCUCUCUCACUGCGCUCCAAGUGUCCAUUCAAGAGAGCAAUGACGCAAAGGUUGAGACUAUGCUUGACAAGAAGGAAGAUCAAGACAAUCCCCGAAUGGGCGCACUUAAAUUCUUGUCAGCUCUCCAACGGAAGGUCGAACCGAAGGAGAUAGUAGAGAAAGGACUCAUAGUCCCCUUCAAAAUAGGGGAUUGGACAGGAGAGCUAGAUCUUGUCGUAGCUCGCAUGGACGACUUUGACGUGGUACUUGGGAUGGAGUUCCUCCUAGAACACAAAGUUAUCCCAAUGCCGCUGGCAAAAUGCUUAGUGGUCACCGACCGCAACCCCACAGUAAUACCUGCAAGCAUCAAGCAACCGGGUAAUCUUCGAAUGAUCUCGAUCAUACAAUUGAAAAGGGGACUCGCACGAGAGGAACAUACAUUUAUGGCCAUACCACUGAUGGAAGUAGCAACCACCGAAGAAACUGUCCCAAAUGAAAUCAAUGAGGUACUAAACAGCUAUGCUGACAUAAUGUCAGAGAGCUUACCCCAAACAUUACCACCUCGUCGAGCGAAGAACGCAUACCGAAUGGCUCUGCCCGAGCUAGCCGAAUUAAGGAAACAACUUGAUGAGUUGCUGAAGGCGGGAUUCAUCCGCCCGGAAAAAGCACCCUACGAAGCCCCCGUACUAUUCCAGAAGAAGAAGGAUGGGACGUUGCAUCUGUGCAUAGACUAUAGAGCCUUAAACAAGGUGACGGUACGCAACAAAUUUCCACUGCCGAUAAUAUCCGACUUGUUCGACCAACUUCACGGGGCCAAGUACUUCACGAAGUUGGACUUACUAUCAGGGUAUUACCAAGUACGUAUUGCCGAAGGGGACGAGCCCCAGACGACGUGCGUAACAAGAUAUGGGGCCUUCGAAUUCCUAGUAAUGCCCUUUAGCUUGACAAAUGCUCCAGCUACUUUCUGCACGUUGAUGAACCAAGUUUUCUACGAAUACUUGGAUCAGUUUGUCAUAGUAUACCUCGACGACAUAGUGGUUUACAGCACAACCCUAGAGGAACACAAAGUGCACUUGAAGCUGAUUAGUAUGGAUAGCGAUAAGAUAAAAGCUAUCCAAGAAUGGAAGGUUCCUACUUCCGUAUCCGAUUUGCGGUCCUUCUUAGGAUUAGCCAACUACUAUAGGCGGUUCGUCGAAGGGUUUUCACGACGAGCCGCCCCAUUGAAAGAGCUGUUGAAGAAAGACCACCCUUGGUUGUGGUCAAAUGAUUGUCAAAUGGCCUUUGAAGAUCUGAAAACAACCAUGAUGUGGGGUCCUGUCCUCGGAUUGGUAGAUGUUACAAAGCCAUUUGAAAUAGAAACAGACGCUUCUGACUUUGCCCUAGGUGGGGUCCUUAUUCAGGAAGGCCACCCCAUUGCUUUCGAAAGUCGAAAGCUCAAUGACGCCGAACGUAGAUACAUUGUCUCCGAAAAAAAAAUGCUGACAGUAGUCCAUUGCCUUCGAGUUUGGAGACAGUAUCUCUUGGGAUCACAGUUCGUAGUGAAGACGGAUAAUAGUGUCAUUUGCCACUUCUUUGAUCAACCAAAAUUGACGGCAAAACAAGCCCGGUGGCAGGAGUCGUUGGCUAAAUUCGACUUCAAGUUCAAACACAAAGCAGGAAAGAGUAAUCAAGCAGCCGACGCACUGAGUCGGAAGGGCGAACAUGCGGCCCUGUGCAUGUUAGCCCAUAUUCACUCCAGUAAGAUCGAUGGAUCGAUGCGUGACAUCAUCAAGGAACAUUUACAUAAAGACCUAUCGGCCAAAGCCGUCGUCGAACUAGCUAAAGCUAGGAAAACACGACAGUUUUGGGUUGAGGGAGACCUUCUGAUAACAAAAGGAAACAGAUUGAAUGUCCAAAGAACGGGAGAACUGAGGAAGAAGCUCAUUCAGGAAUGUCAUGAUACCUUAUGGGCUGACACCCUGGGUGGCAAAGAACAUACGCUCUAA